AUGGCGGCUUUUGUCCACUCCAGAAAUUUAAUUAAGUGGAUUUUAUUGGAGAAGAAGAAAGAGCUGCAGGAAAACACUCGUAACCUACGGAUACGGAGGACCAGGAAGAACACGGACUCAACACGGACUCAACACGGACUCAACACGGACUCAACACGGACUCAGCACGGACUCAACACGGACUCAACACGGACUCAACACGGACUCAACACAGACUCAGCACGGACUCAACACGGACUCAACACGGACUCAACACGGACUCAACACGGACUCAACACGGACUCAACACGGACUCAACACGGACUCAGCACGGACUCAACACGGACUCAACACGGACUCAACACGGACUCAAACUACGGAUUCAACAUGGACUCAACAUGGACUAAACACGGACUCAACACGGACUCAACACGGACUAAACACGGACUAAACAUGGAACUCAACACGGACUCAGCACGGACUCACACGGACUCAACACGGACUCAACACGGACUCAUCACAGCAGCGGACUCAACACGGACUCACACGGACUCAGCACGGACUCAACACGGACUCAACACGGACUCAAACACGGACUCAACACGACUCAGCACGGACUCAGCACGUACUCAACACGGACUCGGAACACGGACUCAGCACGGACUCACACGGACUCAGCACGGAACUCAGCACGGACUCAAACACGGACUCACCGGCACGGACUCAGCACGGACUCAACACGGACUCAGCACGGACUCAGCACGGACUCAACACGGACUCACGACUCACACGGACUCACACGGACUCAGCACGGACUCAGCACGGACUCAACACGGACUCAACACGAACUCAGCACGGACUCAGCACGGACUCAGCACGGACUCAACACGGACUCAGCACGGACUCUCAGCACGGACCUCAGCACGGACUCAGCACGGACUCAGCAACGGAUCAACACGGACUCAGCUCGGACACAACACGGACUCAGCACGGACUCAGCACGGACUCACACGGACUCAGCACGGACUCAGCACGGACUCAAACACGGACUCAGCACCGGACUCAGCACGGACUCAGCACGACUCAGCACGGACUCAGCACGGGACUCAACACGGACUCAGCACGGACUCAGCACGGACUCAAGCACGGACUCAGCACGGACUCUCAAGCACGGACUCAGCACGGGACUCAACAACGGGACUCAGCACGGACUCAGCACGGACUCAUCACGGACUCAGCACGGACUCAACACGGACUCAGCACGGAAUACCUCAACACGGACCUGGACUCAGCACGGACUCAACACGGACUCAGCACGGACUCAGCACGGACUCAGCACGGACUCAGCACGGACUCAACACGGACUCAGCACGGACUCAACACGGACUCAGUCCUCGUUCUACAGUCUGA